AUGAUGUAAUAUUUUACAUUAGAAUAUUAAGACAAAUAUUGCAAUCAAUAUGAAAAAAAUAAAUUUAAAAAUCAGCAGAAUCUAUAAUUUUAUAUCAACAAAUAAAAAAUAAGAUCAAAAAAUUCAAUUAAGUUUUUCAAAAAUCUGGUUAGAAGUAGUUAUUAAGUAAAUAGAUUUUCCAAUAAUCAAUACAAAAAAGAAUCUGAAUAAAUACCACAUAAAAACUCAGAAUCAUUAACCAUAACUAAUAAUGAAAUAAGCUAUAUUAAAUAUCUUGAAUAAUUAAGUAAUGGCAUAAGCAAAAGUAUUUAUUAGUAAAUAUCAACUUUCUAGAAUAUGUAAUUGAGUAUUUUAAGAAAUAGAAAAUUAAAAGUGAUUAAUUCAUUAAUUUAAUCUAUCCACUUCUUUAAAUUGAAUAAGAACUAUUUGAAUUUUAAUGA